CCCGUUGGGUGCUUGCCUUGCCACCGCUGCCCUGUGAGGGGUGAAGCUGCCUCCCUCGCCCUCUCUCUCUCCUCCUUCACACGGUGUGAGUUUAUCUCUUCAUGGGUCUGAGCCUCCGUGGCAGAGCCCCCUUCGACGCAGAGUCCCGCAGCCUUCGGCCUCGGGCUUCCAGGCUGCAGACAGACCCCUGUCCUUCCCCUCCCCCCGCGGGACAGCAGACAUCAUGGAGGAAUCCUCGGCCGAGGCGCCAGACUCCAGCAGCACGCAGGAUGACGCUCCUCCCCUCGCUGUGAAGGAUGUGAACGUGCUCCUGGAGGGCGAGCGGUCGGAGGGCGCCAGCAGCCCGUCCCGGGACGACGACUCCACGCUGCUGAACCCCGGGACGCACAGCAGCAUCCUGGACGACAACACGCAGACCGAGGCAGCGCCCCCAGAGGCUGGAAGGAGUAAGUCCAGCGGCCUCUGCUUCCGCGACGGAAAGUGCCGAAUCGACUACAUCCUGGUGUACAGGAAGUCCAGCUCGCAGGCAGAGAAGAGGGAGGUCUUUGAGAGGAACAUGCGCGCAGAGGGCCUCCAGAUGGAGAAGGAGUCCUCGGUGACAAACAGCGACGUGAUCUUCCUGAAGCUUCACGCUCCCUGGGACGUCCUGUGUCGCUACGCAGAGCUGAUGAACAUCCGCAUGCCCUUCAGGAGGAAAAUCUUUUACAUGCAGCGACGGCACAAGUUCAUGAGCAGGAUGGAGAAGCGCAUGAACAAGUUUCGCGGCUGGCUUCCCCGUAAGCCCAUGAAGUUCGAUAACGACACCCUGCCUGACCUGGAGGAGAACGAGAGCUUCACCGCCCCCUUCAGCCGCUCCAGGAUACACCAUUUCAUCAUCCACAACAAAGACACGUUCUUCAACAACGCCACCAGGAGUCGCAUCGUCCACCACAUCCUGCAGCGGGUCAGAUACGAAGAGGGGAAGAACAAGAUGGGGAUAAAUCGCCUUUUGAGCAACAGUUCAUACGAGGCGGCGUUCCCUCUCCAUGAGGGGAGCUACCGGAGCAAAAACUCCAUCAGGACACAUGGAGCUGAAAACCACCGCCACCUGCUGUACGAGUGCUGGGCCUGGUGGGGCGUUUGGUACAAAUACCAGCCGCUGGACCUCAUAAGGAGGUAUUUCGGGGAGAAGAUCGGCCUGUACUUCGCUUGGCUGGGCUGGUACACUGGCAUGCUGUUCCCCGCUGCACUGGUGGGUCUGCUGGUCUUCCUGUACGGCGUCUUCACUCUGGAGCACUGCCAGGUCAGUAAAGAAAUCUGCCAGGCCACGGACAUCAUCAUGUGUCCCAUCUGCGACCAGUACUGCCCCUACCUGAGGCUGUCGGACAGCUGCAUCUACGCCAAGGUCACCCAUCUCUUCGACAACGGUGCAACUGUUUUCUUCGCCGUAUUCAUGGCUGUUUGGGCGACGGUCUUCCUGGAGUUCUGGAAGAGGCGCCGAGCCGUCCUGGCCUACGACUGGGACCUGAUCGACUGGGAGGAGGAGGAGGAGGAAAUUCGACCCCAGUUUGAGGCCAAAUACUCCAAGAAGGAGAGGAUGAACCCCAUAUCGGGGAAGCCCGAGCCCUACCAGGCCUUCACCGACAAGUACAGCCGCCUCAUCGUCUCCACGUCCGGGAUCUUCUUCAUGAUCCUGGUGGUGAUCGCGGCGGUGUUCGGGAUCGUCGUGUACCGCGUGGUGACGGUCAGCACCUUCGCCGCCUUCGGCUGGGCGCUGAUCAGGAACAACUCUCAGGUGGCGACCACGGGCACGGCGGUCUGCAUCAACUUCUGCAUCAUCAUGCUGCUCAACGUGCUCUAUGAAAAAGUUGCUCUUCUGCUCACCAAUUUAGAGCAGCCGAGGACCGAGUCGGAGUGGGAGAACAGCUUCACCCUCAAGAUGUUCCUCUUUCAGUUCGUCAACCUCAACAGCUCCACUUUCUACAUCGCCUUCUUCCUGGGAAGGUUUACGGGACGCCCGGGUGCAUAUCUACGCCUCCUCAACCGCUGGAAGCUGGAAGAGUGCCACCCGAGCGGCUGCCUCAUCGACCUGUGCAUGCAGAUGGGGAUCAUCAUGGUGCUCAAACAGACCUGGAACAACUUCAUGGAGCUCGGCUACCCGCUGAUCCAGAACUGGUGGACCCGGCGGCGGCUGCGGCGAGAGCACGGACCGAAAGCCAAAUCCAGCUUCCCUCAGUGGGAGAGGGAUUAUAAUCUGCAGCCCAUGAACGCCUACGGACUCUUUGAUGAAUACCUGGAGAUGAUUUUGCAGUUCGGCUUCACCACCAUCUUCGUGGCGGCGUUCCCCCUCGCUCCUCUCCUGGCUCUGCUCAACAACAUCAUCGAGAUUCGUCUGGACGCCUACAAGUUUGUCACCCAGUGGCGGCGACCUCUGCCCUCUCAAGCCAAAGACAUCGGGAUCUGGUACGGCAUCCUGGAGGGCAUCGGCAUCCUGUCUGUCAUCACCAACGCGUUUGUCAUCGCCGUGACUUCGGACUUCAUCCCUCGCCUGGUUUACGCCUACAAGUACGGGCCGUGCGCUGGGCAGGGCCGGGCCUGGGAGCGGUGCAUGAUGGGUUAUGUGAACGCCAGUCUGUCGGUGUUUCGGGUUUCUGACUUUGAGAGGAAAUCACAGCCGAGGACAAACGGCUCCGAACUGCUCGGAGAAGCUGUGAAGUUCUGCAGGUACCGGGACUACAGGGAGCCUCCGGACUCUGCUGAGCCGUAUUCGUACACUUUGCAGUUCUGGCACGUCUUGGCAGCCAGGCUGGCAUUUAUCAUCGUGUUUGAGCACAUGGUCUUCGCCAUCAAGACCCUGAUCGCCUACCUGAUCCCCGACCUGCCGAAGGACCUGCGGGACCGGAUGCGCAGGGAGAAAUAUCUGAUCCAGGAGAUGAUGUACGAGGCCGAGCUGGAGCGGCUGCAGAAGGAGAAGAACGAGAGGAAGAGGAAGGACCGGGCCCAUCACAAGGAGUGGCCCUGAACGCACCACCUGGCUCCACGGUGUCAGCUGCUGCUCAGAGGAGGACGGAGAGGAGCGCCGGCUUUCCUGCAUGAUACUGGACCCUCUCACCUUCCUCCUGCUGUGUCGGAGCAGCACCUCCUGCAGGACGACUGAUGAACUGCACCCAGCACGUUCACACCGACCCGCUGCUCUGUCUGGACACAACAUGGACUUCCUGUGUCCAGUUGGACAUUUGGCAGCAGGUUUUGCUACUUCUUUUUUCUUUUUUUGCCACUUCGGACUCUCAACAGCGUAUGUCUUCAGAUCCUGAAUGUAGAUUUCAAGCAAGAGAAACCAGUGACUUUUACAGAUUUAUUGUUACAAGAAGUGAGAGGAAGCACUCUCCCAUGCUUUACUGAAUGACAAACCCUGUUUACAUUUCUCCUUGUUCAAGGAACAUUUAUUUACAAGAGAUCACAGUAUUUGCUUUAAUUGUAAAUAAAGAAGAUAUUUAAAUGAAUGUCAGAUAGGCCAUCUGCUCUGCUAUAGUGUAGUGCAAUGAAAAAAAUGUAAAGUUAUUUAGAAAUCUGUUCCAUCCGAGCAGUUUGCUUAAACUGGAAAUGCCUUCCAUUUGAAUUUAGAUUGAUAAUUGCAGUAAUAAACAUUAUUUAUUGUAAAGAAAA